AAGUUAUAGAUUAGUAUUUCAAUAUACAUACAUCGUUAGUUGUUAGAAUGGCGUUCAUAGCAAAGGCCACGUUAUUUUUACUAUCGGUAGCCGUUACUGUAAAAAAUAGUUUAAGUUUUAAUCAAACGAGCGGCAUUCCCGGUAACUCCGUCAGCCCACACGUGGAUAUUCAUAGAGAUCGUUUUAUGAAUUUCACUGAGCUAAGUGGUCAUUACGGUUUCGCGACGGAAGAGCACACAGUGACCACUGAGGAUGGAUAUGUACUUACUGUUUUUCGAAUGACAGGACGGGACUGCGUCGAGUUCAAUAAGUCUCCGGUGCUGCUGAUGCACGGCCUGUUCCAGAGCGCAGACGCGUGGCUGGACGCCGGGCCGGACGCGGGCCUGGCGUAUCUGAUAGCGGCCCAGUGCCACGAGCUGUGGGUCGGCAAUCAACGCGGCAACUACUACGGCAGGCGACACGUGCGACUCGACCCAGACAGAGAUGCAAAGUUUUGGAAAUUUUCCACCGACGAAAUGGGAAUAUACGACAUUCCUGCAAUUGUAGAUUACGUUUUAAAAAAUACCCGCCAGGAGAAGCUGAUAUACGUCGGCUUCUCCCAGGCGGUAGGGACGAGCCUGAUCAUGUGCUCAGAAAGACCCGGCUAUUGUGACAAAGUGAGUCUUAUAAUAGCACUGGCUCCGGCAACGAGAAUCACCAACAUUAAGUCAGUGAUGCUGAAAACUAUCUUUGAAACUGUGAAUAAAUUGCAAGGAGUUCUGUUGUCGACGGGUGUCCAUGAGCUGUUUGCUAGAGGAGCGCUCGUGCAAGGGUUGUUAGGUCAACUGUGCAAGUUUCGAUCGACUUCGCGGACCAUUUGCGGUACCGGGUUAGGCCUUCUGGAUGCGUUUCACCCGGGGUCCAUAGAUGAUGACGCUCUGCAGCUGAUAGCCACACACACCCCGGCUGGUACUUCAACGCAGACUUUGGUGCGAUAUGGACAGAGUUUAAAGACGGACAAAUUUCAAAAAUUCGAUUAUGGAAAAGCAAAAAAUCUGGAAAUUUAUGGAACCGAGAGACCUCCGGUCUACAACUUGGAUGCUGCGACUGCGCCGGUGGCACUGUUCUACGGCCUGAACGAUAAUGUCGAUGAUAUAGAGGACGUGUUCUGGUUGAAAAAUCAAUUGCCGAACUUGGUGGAGGCGAUACAAAUCGCUGACCCGCUGUGGAAUCACUUCGACAUGAUCUAUAGCCGGCACGUUAAGAAAUUGGUUUACCCUAAAGUGAAACAGUAUUUGUUUAAUUAUAGUUAACAAGUUUUGUUUAAAAAUAUACUGAUAAAUUGUCUUCGGAUCUUAUAUUUACAUAAUAAUUAUACGUAUUAUAAGUAACACCU